AGGACGAAGAACAUUUCUUUUCUCCGUUUGGUCUGUGAAGCACCACGUCGGCAUGGUCGCUCUAGUGUACUCCUUACUUGCCUUGGUCCUUGCAGGGGCUCAGGCUUUUCAGCCAGACCGACUAGACCUUCAACUGGAGCAGAUAGUGGAGAAGUUUACCGAAGAGAUGAAGGCAUUGAAGCAGGAGAUUGAGGACAUGAAGAUGGCCCAUGCACCAGCAUCCAGUCGUCUUAUUGGAAACGAACCGAAAAGGGACGUGGAGUUGACCGGGCAAACUGAAACAUCAGCCUGUACACUGGGUCUCCGCGGCCCGCCCGGACGAGAUGGUCGGGACGGCGCGCCGGGCCGGGACGGGGCUGCGGGAAGAGACGGGCAGCCGGGACCACAGGGGCCGAUAGGGCCGAUGGGUGACAUCGGGCCGGAGGGGCCUGCUGGAGAGAAGGGGGAGACAGGAGCGGAUGGAAAUGCUGGAGGUUCCGUGUACAUCCGCUGGGGAAGGACCACUUGCCCGAAUGACACCGACACGUCACUUAUUUACGACGGCAUCGCUGGAGGCUCACACUUCACCCACAGUGGAGGGGGCGCCAACUACGUCUGCCUACCGAAGGCUCCUGAGUGGGGAGUCUUCACGGAUGGAAACCAGGGUACCGGCUCGUACAUGCAGGGCGCGGAGUAUCAACUCAGCUCUGCAAACAACCCUUUCCAAAGCGCCUCUGGCCAUAACCACGACGUCCCUUGCGCUGUCUGCCAUGUGGCGUCUCGCGGCUCCAAGCUGAUGAUCCCCGCCCGUCUCAGCUGUCCUAGCGGCUGGACCCGGGAGUACAAGGGGUACCUCAUGGCUGCAUAUCGCACUCAAUAUCGCUCUGAGUUCGUCUGCAUGGACGGGGAGCCCGAGACCAGGCCCGGCGGACACCUGGACUCGGACGGGGCGCUGUUCUAUCCGGUAGAAGCCAACUGCGGGUCCCUGCCGUGUCCCAACUACGUGCAGGGCCGUGAGCUGACCUGUGUGGUCUGCACCAAGUAACGGCACCGUCUCCGUCAACGACACAACAAGAUUGGCAAAGAAAGGAUUGCCCAAUGAGGCAAACGCAAAGUCAUUUAGUAGAGCAACAUACAUGCUAAAUAAAAUUGUC